GCGAAACUUCUGUCACAGAACAGAAAUACUCCAUCGUUGAACAUCUGACAAGCAAUUUAAGUUUCCCAAUGGCUAAAGUAGAGAUAGCUGCAUUAAGACCGUGGGAUGAUUUCUUCCCUGGCUCGGAACGCUUUGCUAAACCAGAUAUACACGAUUUACCGAAAUGGAACAACAGGGUGGUCAGCAAUCUACUGUAUUACCAAACUAAUUAUUUGGCGUUGGCAGUAAUGGUAUUUUUGAUUGUGGGGUUUAUGAACCCCAUCAGCAUGUUCACCGGUGCAGCUGUGGUGGCGUCAUUAUUUCUUGGCUCUGUGUGGGCUGGAGAAAACAAAGCAGUGAUCAAGAGCUUUAAAAAGGACAAUCCUACGCUGUUUGUCUUUCUCGUGAUGGUCGCAAGCUACCUCAUCAUGUCGCUCUUUGGCGGGGUCAUGAUCUUCUUGUUGGGGAUCAAGCUCCCUCUGCUGUUGAUCUUUGCUCAUGCCUCUCUGCGUCUGCGCAACAUGAAGAACAAACUGGAGAACAGGAUGGAGGGCGCAGGACUAAAGAAGACACCCAUGGGUAUUCUGCUGGAAGCUCUAGGCCAGCAGGAGGAGAACAUAUGCAAGAUUCAGGAUUUUCUGGAGAGCAAGCUCAAGGAGUGACAGGGGCAGGGGUAACAGCAAUGGACUGACGGGGUUUUUUUUGGCAUUCAUGUGUCCUGAUCCCUAGCAUGGAGUCUCCCUGCUUUAAGUGUGUAGGGCUUUCAAAUGAUGGGUGAAAGAAUGCAGCUUACACUAAGAGGUUUACAAAAUUAUCAUCUUGAAAUGUUAUAAACUGCAAUAUUUCUGGGCAGUUUAGAGCAGUUAGACAGUACUGUGAGGAUUUGUGUGGGAUUUAUUAUUGUGUAAUGUGCUAGCUAGUAAUGUGAUGUUAAUAUACUAAUCUAUGAUAAAUGUGCUUCCUCUGUUUUGGCUCAAAAGGAAAACCUUGGAAAACGACUAGUCAGAACUGCUGUGCUGUAGCAAUGCAAUACUGACUUGUAGGUAUACAUCUCUUAUCCAGAUACAGAUUAAUAUAGAUGAAUGUUUCAUCAUAUUUAUGAUGCUGAAUGUUGAAGGCCUUCUUCCAUAAUGAACACAACCAAUGUAAGCUGUUUUUGUACACGAG